CCUCCAUUCCUUGAGAUCUUCUAGUCCUACCACUUAAUUUACAGACUACUGCGUACUAUUUUCUGCCAUAUUCAAGAGCAACAUCAAGUCAGGUUUGAGAAGUGUUCUUUCUCCCCGUUUCUCCACUUUAUUUCGAGUCUGUUCAAGUAUCACCAAGUUCCUGGAGCCACAACCGGAGAUGGAUCACUCAGGAAUUGAUCAACAGCUUGACCACCCCCAAGGAACCCUACCAGGAGAUCCAAGAAGCUUGCGCAAUGAACUUGAACAGAAUUACAAUUCUCUAGUGGACUGUUAUGAGACCCAGUUGACGCGGAAAGACAGAGGUCUACAAGAAGCGGAGGAUCGCAUAAGAUACUUGGAGAAAGAGCUUUCUGGCUGUCGUACCAAGCUGCAAAACUACGUUUCAGAUUAUCAGAUCAGUGACGCAAAGGUUCAAGAGGACCUCAGGAUACUUCGGGAUAACAUCUCCAACUGGGUUGAGAAUUUCCCGGAUAUUGCCAAUUUUGAAGAAUUUUUCGAGAGACAUAUCUCGGAAGAAGUACUGCACAAACUGAUGCCUGGAUGGGCCCACUCAUUCCCCAAUGGACCUGAGGAUGUACAGAUGGAACUUAUGACUAGCAGAAUCUUCAAAGUCAUCUGGAAUUGUCUAUUUAAAGGUUCGAUAAUUGGAGAAAAGACGCACCAAGAACUAGUGUGCCAUAUCCAGGAAGGAAUGUCCUACUUGAACUCCCGCAUAGAUCUUGAAAGCAUCAACGCGUGGAAAUCGAAUACCCUUCGUGCCUAUAUGGCCCAUCCAAAAUAUCGAGAGAUAACCGAAACACGUUGCUGCAACUUGACAGACUCCAUUCACAGACUCCUUAGCAAAUUUCACCAGCUCAGUGUAUCCAAUUGGAGGCACAAAUCAGAGAGGUUCAUGAUGCAAAUAGCAAACCCAGCGGCUGAACUCGCAGCUAGGAUGGAGUCCUCACCAAGUCAAUACAAAUGGCACUCGUAUUUUCCAGCUCACAAAUGGUUCCCUGAUCAAAUGAUACACAAGGGUUAUUUGGAAUGGUUCACUAUUGUUGACGCUGAAACACAUCACAAGAUCCGACUUCCUGGUCUUGAGGGUCUAGAUGAUAGCGAUGUAAUUGGUGUGUUUCUUGCGUUGAUUUUCCCUGGACUCACUCGGCAUGGAGAAGAACAGCACAAUCAAGUUUGGAUCGAAAAGCCUGUUAUUCUUAUUGCAACUUUGAAGAGAUAAAACGUCUCCGAGCGCCUGCGAGAAAACGAUGAUCAACACUGGGCCUAAUGUAACCAAGCCGCGGACAAUGAUAUAGCUGGAUGGUGACUAAUUCUUCCAAGUUGACUUUUAUCUAGCUUUGAUGGUGAUGUUAUCUAUUUGUCUCACGCAGAUAGGACGGGGUUCACAUGUCCUGCUACUACCGGCGCUGAAAUUUGGUUUCCUUUCUUUGGCUUUUUCUUUUUCUUUACCUUUUCAUUUUCUUCUCCAUCGCCUCAUUAUUCUUACCCGAGGAGUUAAUGGAAGUGUACAACCUG